UGGCAUAUUAUGUUUGGAAUUAUCUCCAAGCGAACAAACAUAGUAAUCUGAGAAGCCAAACAGGAUCAGCGUACUUGUAUUAAACAAACUCAAUCUCAUUUGUUGAGUUACUCCUCUCUGUGGCAUCGUAUAUGGCAUUACUUUUUGACACAGCACAUGUGGAAAUCAGCAAUGCACAUCCAUUUACUAAAUACAAUCUUGACGACGUUUGCGUGGGGUCCUUUGGAAUUCACUGCAAUGACGCGACAGGCCUCACUUGCGGAGCGUCGGGGCGUUGCGAGUGCAGAUUUCCCUGGAUGGUUUACGACAUCAAGGAAGCUGUUUGCAAAGUCUCUGACGGCCACGAGUGCGACUCCUCGACUGAACUAAGAUGCGUUGAUGAUGCAUCGUGUGUCCUAAUGAGUGAGGGCAAUAACAAACAAUGCAUUUGCAAUGAAGGAUUUCAAAGCAUCGCUGCAACAAGUUGCGAUGGUGUUGGGUUCCCCGAGGAAGACAAAGAUCAAACCCGAAUAUGUUGCUUAAAGGCAUGAUCAGAAAAACGAGCGAAGUAAUUUUUCAUAUGUCUUUGCAGUAAUGUAUGUGCAGAAAUUGUUGUUCGUGCACUCAAAAAAUUCUUUGUAUGGUAUAGAAGAAUAUGAAUUUUUACUGUAACUAAAGUUAAGGUGACAAUUGCUUUAGUGUACAAUAUUUGUUUAUUCUAUAUCAAUAAUUUAAUUUCUUUUGAAAUAUAACUAUAAACUAUGAACAUUUUCAUAACAAAAUUUUCUGAUUAGAUUUAUCAAUAAUUUUUAAUUUGACUUAAACAAUUGUUAAUGCUAAAAGUAUAUAGCAUUUGAUUACACAUGGUUGGAAAAUAAUAAUAAAAAAAGACGUGCUAUCACGUAUCAAGUA